CACCGUUUGGUUACUCGAGGCAUUGCAGGCAAGCAACUACAAACGUAUGUCACAGCCUCUUGCAUUGUCUCGGCCAACAGCGGUGUGGCUCCCCACCAAGGCGGUCUGCUUCAACAUAGCAAUCGCGUGUGAGCAGCAGAAGCUUUUACUCAAGCCAGAACACGACCGAAAUGGAACUUAACGGGCUUUUGUACGGGAGAGUUUGAAUAGUGUUUCGUUGAGGACUACAAUGUCCCAAAGAAGGGACACAAACUCUUGCCCAGAUGGGUAUUACAGGGUUCUCAACACCUCAGAACUGCGCGAGCUUCUUCAAGAUGAGGAAAAAAUGGAUCAGAUCGUUCGACUCAACGAUAAGUUCCAGGAGCUACAGGUGGACCGGGAGGUGUUGCUGACGUCCAACCGCGGCCUGGCGGAGGAGAGCCUCGCGCGCAGGCCUCACCUCCAGGACGGCAAGCGCCAGCUGGCUGCUAAGUACGAGGAGCUGGCCAGAUUGACUACUGCCUGCAGGGAGAAACAAAGCCGACUUGAGGCCCAUACGGACAAGCACAGCCCCAAGACGGCACAGAGCCUCCUGCUAGAGGACGUUGCACGUGCCGAGGAAGAAUCCGAGGAUUUGCUGGAGAGGUUCAUGGAGGGCAGGGUGCCUCUGGAAGGCUUCCUGGACUCUUUCCAAAGCUCCAGGAAGGUUUACCACAUCCGGCGGGCCCAGGCCGAGAAAAUCCAGGAGUUCACCCGGCCAGAACCGAAGCACAAGCGCCCGGCGGAGGGAGAGGAGGGGGGAGGACAGAGGGAGAGGGAGAACGGGGAGUGCAAGAAAGGGGAGAUCCUCUACCCACUGGAGCCCCCCAGGCCCAACGGCAUCUCCACGGCCCAGGGCCCACCGCGCGUCUUCCAGCUGCGCUACGGCCUGACCCCCGCCAUCCUGGUGCCCCACUUCCCCCUGCCCACCUCCUCCUCCUCCUCCUCGAUCCCCACCCACGCCAUCAGCCUGUCUCCUGCUGCUUCCCUGCCCCUCUCCACGGACUCACGGUCAGGACAGGGCCAGGCUUCAGGGCCUACUUCCCCCACCACCACCGCCGCUGCUAUCAUGUCUGCCGUUGCUGCUCCGCACCCGUGUCCCGGGAAGGCCGUGGGCCUGAGGGUCAUUGGACAAAUCCCUGGCUGGCCCGCGCCAAACCGGCCAAUUAGGCUGCAGCAGCUGUACAGGCCCAGCCCACACCAGACUGAACCCCCCUAUCGGUAACACCCAGAGUUGUGGUGCUGCCAUACACCGGGGAUUGGAUCGAACAAACAAACAAACAAACAAACAACAACACGACCAUCAGCCAUAUCCAUAGUUUUGCUAUUCAAAAACUGCUUUGAGGGGGGUUGACAAGCACAUCAAAGCUAUGUGACUAGGAGUCGAAGCCCCCUGUUUCUACGUAUACAGUAUAUUUCUGUCAUCAUCGUUCUUAGCCUUUUUCACCGUGACGCCAGUGAUGUUUCGUUUGGAAGCGAAAACAGGUGUAAACAACCACCGGUUUCAGGCAGAAAACAGUGGCAUCUACGUAUGUGUACAUUGUACUAUGUGUGUAUGCGAUGGGGGGGCAACUUAUAUCUGCUUAGAAUACAUUGAAAUAUUCAGUGUUCGAAGAUGUCUGACGUCACGUGAAAAAGGCCCAUUGAAGGGGGAGGAGAAGGGGAGAAAAAAAAAGGGAUUUGUUUGUUUGUUAAAGCCAUGAGGUCAAAUCUGUGGUCUGUGAUGAUGAGUUUUUCCUCUCUCAGACAGGAAAACAGGACACUGGGAAGAACUGUGAAAUGAGACUGAGACUUGUUUAUUAUUGCCUUGCGCCGUCUCUCACACUCGCAGACACGCGAGCAGAGUCCUCCUCACUCCCAUGAUGCAUCAGUGAGCAGGCCAUUGCUUGUGGCGUCGAGCCUUCUUGAUAUGGUGGUCAAAAAUAAAGUUUAAUUCAGUGUGUUUAUAA